GCCGCCUACGUCCCCAACUCCGGCCGCGGCCUGAGCCGCCUCCCGUACCGGCAGCGCUGGGACCUGGCCUUCCGCUCCUACCUCACCCGCCUGGACGCCCAGAAACCCGUGGCCCUGUGCGGCGACCUCAACGUGGCCCACGCCGACAUCGACCUGCGGCACCCCCGGGCCAACCGCCGCUCGCCGGGCUUCACCCAGGAGGAACGCGACGGCUUCGGGGCCCUGCUGGACGCCGGCUUCCUCGACACCUUCCGCCACCUCUACCCGACCGUGCCCCACGCCUACACCUUCUGGACCUACCUGGGGGGCGCGCGGAGCCGCAACGUGGGCUGGCGCCUCGAUUACUGCGUGGUGUCGCGGCGCCUGGCCGGGGCGCUGUGCGACAGCAAGAUCCGCAACAAGGUGCUGGGCAGCGACCACUGCCCCGUGGUGCUCUACCUGGCGCUGGAAGCCGGCCCGUGA